AUGUCAAAAAGUAUACCAAAGAAGAGACAGUUUAAGGAAGCAUAUGCGAAUGAAGACUCGCCAAAAAUGCCGUACGUAGGACGCCCGUAUACUUGCAACAUGUGCGGUAAAUCCUACAUGUGGAAAGUAUCCCUUGGGCGCCAUCUACGAGAAGAAUGCGGCAAAACUCCUCAACACACUUGCGCGCUCUGUGGCCGAGAAUUUAAACAAAGAAUGCCAAGAAUUGAGGUGCAGAAAAUGAAAACAAUAAGACCGUCGCAUCUAUGGCGGCCAUUUCCCUGCAACACUUGCGGGAAAUCUUAUACGCGUAAAGACACACUGAGGCGCCAUCUGCGGUACGAGUGUGGAAAAAAUCCUCAGUACAUUUGUUACGUCUGCAAGAAGGGAUUUAAACAGAAGUCUAAUUUCCACAGGCAUAAUCUUAAUGUUCACGGGCUUAGAUUAUAA